AUGGAGCCACGUAAUUACACUGUCCUGGAUGAUAACGGCACUAUAGAUCACAUCACAAACCACACCAACAGUGAAAUCCAAGCUUCUCACAAUUCGCAGGCUAAUGUCGGGUUUCUUUAUAGCGCGUUCGUGAUUGUGGUUGCGAUCACUAUCCUCGUGUUAAAUGCUCUCAUAAUGGUCGUAUACGUCAGGUUCGACUUUCUUAGAACGCAAAGGAACUACUUCAUCAUUAAUCUGGCAUGUGCCGAUACAUUAUUUGCGGUCGCAGCUGGAGCAACUGUAUCCCUCAGAGCUUUCGUACAUGAGUAUCAUGCGACAAAGAUAGCUUGUGGUAUAUUCGUUUUUGUCGCCUUCGUCACAAUUGGUGCAUCAAUGCUGACGAUUGGACUUGCGACGUUGGACCGCUACAUUGCUAUCGUCCAUCCGUUUCGCUACAGCCAGCUGAUGACUCCUAGAGCAGCAAAAUUUAUGUUGUUGUCCGUCUGGCUGUAUACAACUGGGUACGGGUCAAUAGCCGUGGUUCAGGCGAUCACAAGAUGGCGACCCGGAAUGUUUUGUGUUGUUGAUAUGAUAACCAAUAAAUGGCUGAGCUGGUAUGUCGCUAUCAACUACGCGGCCGUGUUACUUUUCAUGACGUACGCGUACGUCGUUAUAGGUCGGAUCAUGAUUGACCACAGCCGACGUGUUGCCGCAGCAACUAAUCAAGCGCAGCUUCAACAACUGUCCAGCCUCGCUGGAACGUUCAAAGCAGCCAAACUCAUCCUGACUGUCGUUGGCGUGUCCAUCCUACUAAUAAGUCCCAACAUUUUACACACGUUUCUGGCGACGUCUAUUGUAGAAACACACCCGCGGGCGCUCAACGCACUGCGCUAUAUACGAGUUGCAGCUGUUUUCGUGAACAUGCUUCUGAACCCUAUCAUGUACUUCAUGAAGUAUGACGAGUUUAGUGUGGCAAUAAAGAAGCUUCUAGGUAGAUACAGAGCGAGGGUUGAACCAGCAACAAUACACGCGUCGCACAUCAGAGAAAAUUUAGCUCAGGUAGAUGGACAAAUAUCAGAAGCAGAAACAGGACAAAUGUCACACAGUGAAGGACAGGUGUCAUACAAAGGAGGAAAUGUGUCACACAGUGGAGGACAGGUGUCACACAGUGGGGGACAAGUGACACAAAUACAAGGACAGAUGACACACAGUGGAGGACAGGUGACACACAGAGAAAGACAUGUAUCACCCACAGGAGGAGAGGUCUCACACAUAGGAGGACAAGUGACACUCAUAAAAGGACAGGUGACACACAAUGGAGAACAGGUGACACACGGAGAAGGACAUAUGUCACCCACAGGAGAACAGGUCUAA